AUGUCUGAUCAAACACCAACAAAUCUACCUCCGAUUCAAUAUAAUCGAAAGAAAUCAAAAACAAGAAAAUUAUUUUCAAAAGAUAUAGAAAAUCUUUUAUAUUCAAUGGGAGAUCAACCAUAUUCAUUAGAUUCAACAAUAUCAACAUUAGAAGAUUUAUUAAUUGAAUUUAUAACCCAGCUUUCAACAAAAAUGGUAAAUUAUGCCUCAUCACAAGGAAGAAAUAGAAUAAAAUUAAAUGAUUUAGCAUUUGUUUUAAGAAAUGAUCCUUUAAAAUUAAGUAGAAUGUUGUAUAUUUUAGAACAACAACAAAGAAUUGAAAAAGCAAAAAAAUUAUUUGAAGAAGAUAAUAAUACUACUAACAAUAUUAAUGAUGAUGGGAUAGAUAAUGAUAAUGAUGAACUGAAUGAUGAUGAAAAUGAUAGAGAAAACGACAAUUCAAAUGAAAAUGAUGAAGAUAAUAAUGAAAAAGAUAACACUAAUCCUUCUGGUAGAAAAAAAUAUAAAAAACGUGCUGUUGAAUAUGACGAAAAUGGGAAUGUUAUAAAGAAGAAAUAUAAGAAAAGGGAAAAGAAAGUAAAGGAGUAG